AUGGAGGACACCUCCAUCUCCGCCGCCAUGCCACGCCGUCGGUUCUUGGUAGACUGUAGUCCGCAUCUCUCGUGCCAGCUUCGCCCCUCCAUCCCAAGGGCAUCACGGCAGAUUCGCAAACCAAGCCCAAAACGUACAAACUCGCCUAGCCUCCAUCGUGGUUCCUACACUCACGGGAGGACUCCUUUUGACCUCUCGUCAGUCUAUAUGCGCGUCCGGCGUCCCUCGAUGAGCGGACAGGAUGACGAACAGGGUGGCCAGAAGGAUAGGGCUGCAUGUCUGCGCCGUACGGCUGCUCGGAACAGGGGACGACUGCUUACAGCCGAGGGAGGAUCAUCGUCGCCGGAGAGUUACGUACCGCGACGGUGGAAAGCGACGAACAAGAUCUCGUAG